AUGGUCCUGACCUUGAAGAUCCCAGCAAAAGGCUCCUGGACACUCCCAGCCCACGCAGGGGCCAGUGUGUCAGGGCUGAACAGGAAUAUCUACAUCCAUACAGGAAAGAAGAGCAAGAUCGGAGGGCAGGUCAUCCAUGGCCAGAAGCGCCUGAAGCUGCACCCAGAGGUGGAUACCGAGAUUGCCGCCACGGAGGACGGGCCUAUUGAGGUCCUCGUGCUGCAGGGCCGCGACAUUGGUGAGCCUGUGGUUCAGCAUGGGCCCUUUGUCGGAAACAGCCGUGAGGACAUAUCCAAGGCCUUCCGCGACUACCAGGCAACAGGGUUUGGUGGCUGGCCUUGGAAGUCAGAUGCCUUGGCCCACGAUCGGGAGCGGCCUCGCUUUGCCAAGUACGCCAGUGGCGAGGAGGAUGAGAGGCCCAUGCCUGCCGUGUGUGCAUGA